CUGUGGACAUAGCUGUUCGCCUGUUUGCGCAUUACUGCGAAAAUCAGGAUCUGCCCUUUUGGGCUCUCACUGACUAGUCGGUAUGCACUACCCUUCCCUUCAACCGCCCCAUUCAAUGAUGAUACGGCACUGGGCUCCGACAAUUCUUGACGGAUACGCCUUUUAUGGCAGGCCUCAGAAACCUCGCCGAACUGAUCGCUUCUCAAUCCCUCACAUGGCUGCACAAAUAAAUUUGGGCAUUAGCUAAUGCUCUAACAGUCUAUUUUCAAGAGAUGACAGAGCAGGUAACCGGUAAGCAUACUCUAUUCUUGUUACUUCCUGCG